AAAACUCAAUCGAUCGAAAUGAUAAGAAAUUCUUCCUGCAACUGAAUGGUCAUUGGUUCGGAUAUGUAUAUGGGAGGUACUAAUUAACGCCCUAACUUUUUAAAAUUAUCGCCCUAAAUUAAUCAAAUAGACGAUUCUACCCCAUUUCCUAAAACGGUCACCACCAAUGCCUAAACGCAUCGUCAAUCCAUCGCCCUAAUCUCUAAUUCUGCUAAGCUCGUCGCCGACGGAAGGAAAACUCCCGCUCAUGAAAUUCACCGGAAGAGUUCUCCACCCACGCCCUAAUUUUCCUUCGCCAAUCCACCGGCGGAAUACUCUGUCCAGCUGACGAAGUUCUCUACUCCACAUCCGUUGUUGUGCCACUCAAGGACGAAGAAGAAUGCACAUCUUUGCCCCUAGCCCAAUUGCAGAUCGUGGCCAAUAGGAUGAAUUGCCCGGCGAUGGGAUUGGUAUUAGCAGGGAUACGGUGAUGGGAUUCCUUCUUCCUCCUCAAGCUCGCCAGAAACAGAGGUUGGCCGUGACGAAGACGAAACUGAAUCCGACGGAUGCGACCUUCUCCUUCCUCCUCGGCUCGGCAGCAGAGUCUCGGCGGCAGAGGUUCGACCUUCGUUCUUCUCGCGGUGGCUGGGUGCCCCGUGGCGUCCGGUUUGGUUCUCUUGCCUCGGAGCCGCCGACUGGCUGGGCAGAGAAUGGAAUCGGAGGGCGGCGGCAGCUUUUCAUCGGAAGCAGAGCAAGGAGGCACGGAACUGAUGGGGGUAAGGGCGGCGUUGAUUGCCGGGGAAAGGGCGGUGGGGAAGCGAAAGAAGGAGGGGCUGGCGGGUUAGGGCUGUGAUUGUCAGGGGCAAUAUCGUCCGUUCAGAACAGCUUAGGGCGAUAAUUUUAAAAAUUUAGGGCGUCGAUUAGAAGUUCAGAUGUAUAUACCCCUACUCGAAAAAAAUUUCUCCAAACCCAAGGGGGGUGCAAAGCACCCCCUCCUCUCCAAGUUGCUCCGCCACUGGUUCAACCUGAUUUAACCUGUACCGGUCAUAAAACCGGUAUGACACCACCGGUAUGACCGGCAUGAUCGAUAUACGAAUCUCCAAAUAAAAUGAUAUUAUCUUA